UAAGUUUACAUUAUACAUAUACGGAUUACGGAAUGCCGUAUAUUCAACGCCAACGUUGACUAAAACCGAGUGAAGAAAUCGAGAUCAAAUUUUCUCUCUCCUCUCUCGCCUGAAAUUGCCAAGUGAAGCAGCAGCAGCAUAACAAUGGCGAUUUUAUCGAGCAAAGGUUGGACCAGCUCCAGAAUUUCCACCAUUGCUUGUCGCGUCUUCUUCUUUGUCAUCUUCCUUCAGAUCCCUCUCUUCAAAGUACCAUGCAGAUCUGGUAUGUGCACAACCCCAGUUCACGUGACAUCUUCUCAAUUAAUUGCCAGUGAUAUCAUUCCUGUACCGGUUGUAAAAACCCUUCUUUUUCCUGGAGCCGUGGUACAUGGACUUGUCAAAAAUUUGACAGUCCCUAGCUGGAACAAUCUCGUGGAUAUCUACAAUCUAACUAGCGUCAAAGAUGCCCCUGUUGCACUUGAUUUGAAGCGCUUAGAGGUUUUGGCAGGUAGCUACUUCUGUGUGGCAGGUGCUUUAAUCGGCAUUCUGAAACCAGGAAGAAUGAGCAUGUUUGGCACACUCCUGAUAGUUUGGGGUCUGGUCAAGGAAGGAAUCCUUGCACGACCGGCAAACACAGAUCCUACACAAUCUAUCUAUGUCUAUCCUACGAUGCUGCUCGCCCUUGUAUGUGCUUUCGCAUCUGUCAAGUAUGAUAUUAAGAAGGCCAUGAGAAAACCUGCUCCUAGACCCACUGCAAAACCUCUUCAGAGCUCUUCAAAGUCCAAGCUGAAAUGAGCUAUCCUGUAAACCCACAUUACCCUGUUUCCUCUUGCUUCCAUGUCUUAUGAGCACGAACUUGCUUGUUCAACUUUCUACUGUUCUUCAUUAGCGGAUUCUUUGUUUUGACGAGAGAGUUGGAUCCAGAGUGGAACAGUUAAACAGAUACGAGGUUUUCAUUUUCCCACAUCGUGUUGAAAGAAGAUUGGAAAAAACAGACCACAUCGUGAUGUUGAAAUGAAUUUCCGCAGCCUCAAGCAAACUUUCACUUGAAUAUUGUUGGCAUGUUAUGUCAAAGCAUUUGGUGGGGUGGGGGUUCUUGAAAAAACUUGUGUGGAUAAUUUCAUUUCGUUACUUUUUGAUUCCUUUGAAUGCACUCAAGUUUAAUGAGUUGAAGUUUGUUCUUGGCUUUAUGCUGCUGCUCCUAAAAUGCAGGCCAGCUUGCUAUUUUUUUAAUUGCAGGACCUAUAACUCUAUAAGUACUUUCAAUUUACAAGGCCUA